AUGAGUAGUGAAGUCACGUUUGACUAUACUUUUAGCUGGCCUGCUGGCCCCAAAGAUGUUAUCUUAACAGGAACGUUUGAUGAUUGGAGGGGCACUUUACCCCUCGUGAAGACCGCAAAGGGCAAUUUCGAAAUUACCAUGCCCGUAAAGCUAACCAACAAGAAUGACAAGUUUCAAUUCAAGUUUAUUGUGGAUGGCGUUUGGUGCGUUAGUGAUUCGUAUAAGAAGGAGCAUGUUAGUGAGGGAAUCGAAAACAAUUUCCUUCAAAUUACCGAUUUAGUUGAAACACAGGAAGUCGGCAGUGUCAGUAGAAUCCCAGAAGCAGGGGGUCUACUAUGUGGUAAACCACUUCGUGCUGCAGGUCCUCCUUCUACAAGUAAUAGAAAGAAAAACAAACGCAAUAAUAAAAAAAGAAGAUCUAAGUUGAAGAAAAAGAGCACCAAGAACAAUAAGAAGUCAAAUGAAAAUUUGGACGAUAACGAAGAAGAAAAGGAGGAUGAGGACGAUGUGACCGGAACUACUACUGAGAAUGUCACUGGAACUUCAAGGGAAGAAACUCCAUUAUCGGAACCUACGGAUGUUUCCAAAGAGGCUUCAGGAAAUUUCCAUAUCUUGCCAAUUGAUCAAAGUGCAGAAACAACUCAGUCAAAUGGUAUCAUUGGUGGACCAGGUCCUGUUCUUGUCCCAAACCCUGGUGAAAUUAAAGAAUUUACCGAAAUUAGAGACGUCGAUGCUAAGGAGUUGAAUGAAAGACUAAACAAAAUAGAACAGGUUCCAGAACCUGUCGUUGAUCCUACUGUUGGAUCCUCAGUUGGGGAGAAGAUUUCUGCGCUUCCACAAGCUGAAGACCCAAUUGUUGAGACCGAGGAAACGUCUCAUAAUGUGCAGGAACUUACCCCACAAGUGGAAGCGGUUACUCCGGUAAUUAAUGAGCCUGAACCAUUACCUACUCCAGAAGCACAAAUAUCUAUCGCUGAAUCAUCGAAAGCUGAGCCAAUAGAGGGAGCUUUUCAAUCUGAAUUGGCGGAGAAGCAUGAUUCCACUGAGAAUGUGUUAGACACAUCCAAAAAUGUGGAGAAGAAGCCUAAACAAGAAGAAGUUUUUACAUUGGAUCCUGUCGUUAAUAAAGCCCCCAAGCCUUCCUUGGCUGAUGGACACGCUGCAGAAGGUAAGGAAUCACCAGCAGUGUUCGAAGAAAAUGAAAAGAAGAAGAAACAGGAAGAAAAGGGAUCUAAACAGGUCAGGAGGUCCGAAAUCAGCAGGGAGAAAAAGCCUUCCACCAAAGAAGUUAGGAAACAAUCUAUAAAAGCUCCAAAAAAGCAAACAGCCUCUCCUUUGUCUUCUACAACAGAAGAGCCGAAGAAGAAGAAGACCGGUUUUUUCGGUAAAUUAAAGAAGCUAUUUAAGUGA